UCUGUUGAUUGGGCAUAGGAUAAUCAUUGUAGCCAAUCAAAAUCCCUCUUAAGUUAUAAUGUAAGGACUGUGAUGUCAACAAGGAGAGAAAAAGUUGGCAUUUUUACCAAAAGUGGAAAAUGAAUGAACAGCGGGUUAAGAUAGAAAUUGAAAGGCCAAAGCCAAGAUGGUAUGUCAAUUUUGCAGACUUUGCCAACAUGGUAAAAGCCUUUAUUGGCUCAAAUUACCUCUAUGUGGCUUAUGCCUUUUCUCAAGUAGGAUUGUGGCUUGGAAUAGUUGGUAUGUUUGUGAUUGCCUUCCUCACUGACCAUUGUUGUCAUCUCAUCGUGAAAACCAAACACCAUGGCAUCAAAGGUAUGAUAAAGAAACAUACAAAUAAAACACCAGAUGGCGCUUCACGGCAACGAGACAACUAUAGCUGUAACAGCACUCCACGAGAUUCUGGCGUUGAUGAUGAUGAAUAUGAUAACAACGAGGGUACACCUUGUGUAACGCAGACGGACAGCGAAGAUAAUAGUGAUUUUGAAGUUUUAAACCAUGCUGAUAUCCACGAAAAUAUCACUAAAAAUAUGAGCUAUGGUGAUGUUGGAAAUUUAGCGUUUGGAAGUGUAGGUGUUGGAAUAGUCAAUUUCUGUAUCGGGCUUACACAGUUUGGAUUUUGUGUGAACUACUUUAUAUUUAUUGGAAAUACCCUACAUUCCUUAUUUCCUGUACAUCUAUGUUUCAGUGACAAUAAAACACAUGAAAGAAUAUGUAAAGAUGUACAUGAUAAUGAUAUAAAAUUCGGAAACCUCACGUGGACAGAAUAUUCGUCACAUGACAAUAUAUUAGACACCUACUCAGCUGAUAUUUUGACAGAUAAUUUCAUUUCAACAUUAGCCCCUAUACUGACAACAGUUACUCCAAAUAUUUCAACAACGUUACAGAAUGUAACUACAAUAUUACCUAAUAUUACCACUUUAGCACCCAAUGCUUCCACCAUACUACCAAAUAUUACCACAAUUACACCGAAUGUUACCACAAUUACACCAAAUGCAUCAACAUUUGCACCAAUUACCAAUGCGACGACUAGCGUACCAUGGACAUUAAUUCCUGAGUUAGUCUACACUGCUCCAGACUUGAAGAUUCUAGUAAUCUGUCCGAUCGUUGUGUUCAUUUUGUUUGCGUUGAUACGAAAUGUUCGAUACCUCGGAGUCAUCAGCAUGAUAGCAAAUUUCUCAAUCUUAUUUGGCUGUGUAUCAGUACUGGUGUUUAUUUUAAUUGAUUUCAAGAUAAGUGACAGUAUUAUAAAGUUUCGUAUUGAAGGAUUUCCCGUAUUUUUUGGAAUGGUUACUGGAGCUUUUGAAGGAAUUGGACUGGUGAUACCAGUGGAGUCGAGCAUGGUGGGUAACAGACAUUUAUUUUCUGCCUUUCUGCAUGGUGCGAUCCUCUUCCUGACCGUGGUGUUAGGCUGUUUUGGUAUAAUGGGUUACAUGAAGUACGGUGUCAAUGUACAUCAGAUGUUGAAUCAAAAUAUUCCCGCAGGAAAUCCGGUGUCAGUGGCUGUUAAUAUCGGAAUUUGUCUCGGAAUUCUUUUGACAUUCCCUCUACAAAUAUUCCCUGUGAUAGAGAUUAUUGAGAAAUAUCUGUUCAGUGAAGGUAGAAUAUGUGGUCCUAGUAAGCAGGUAUAUAGAAGAUUAGAGAGUGAUGGGGAGGAUGAAGCUUUGAUGCCACAUGAUAAAACUCCUACAUUAGGUCAUGAAAAUCUUGUUGCACAUGUACCAGAUAGUGUACCAGCUUGGAAGAGAAAUGUGUUACGUAUAGGUAUUGUAGUGUUAGCUGGUGGUUUAGCUGUUAUACUAAAAGAUAAUUUUGCCUAUGUUGGUGCUUUUGUUGGUGCUGUUGGAAGUUCAGUGUUAGCUUUUAUUUUACCAUGUCUAUUUCAUCUACGCUUAUGUUGGAAUGAACUCAAUGUUUUCAUCAAGUUCAAGGACAUUUUCAUCAUUGUAUUUGGAGUGUUUGCAAGUAUAAUAAGUGUGAUCUCGGUCAUUCAGAGGAUUGUAAAAAAUGUGGAUAUAGGAUAAAGAUGUCAGUUUUAGACAAGAAGUGAC